AUGUUGUCCAUCAGGAACCUGUUUUUAUGUGUCUUCAGCGUUUUGUUAAUCUCAGGUAAGUGAGUAAUCAUUUUUAUUUAAAGUUUACAUAAAAUAUCAACUAAUCUGAGGAUUCAUGCCUACUACAAUAUAUUUUUUCUUAUAGUUUGCUCGGAAGCUAAAGUUGAUGGAAAUGGGAUUGUUUUGAAAGACGAGGAAAGAACGGUUAGUCCAUCCAAAGAUGUUGAAGCAACGUUCUACUUAAUCAAGCCUAUUGAUAGCGAAAGUAAGUUGUUAAUGAUGAUAUGAGGCAAAUAUAGGGUAAAGCAGGUACCUACUCUAAUGUAUGUAUCUUGUCAUUAGACACGAAAAACUGGCCGGGCCGGAGUAAAAUUUCGAUCAGGCCUGGCCUAAGUUCACGCUCGGUUUGUUUCUCAUGUCUAAUGACAAGAUAUAUAAAUCAGAGUAGGUAGGGUAGAACAAGGAACGAUAGGAUAGUGUGUGAUAUGGCAGGGUAGGGUAAAGUGAGGCAGUUUAAGAUACGGUAUGGGAGAAUAGGGUAGGGAGAGUAAGGCACGGUAGAGUAAGGCAGAGCAAAGUAGGGUAGGGUAAGACAAGGUAUGAUAGGGUGAGUUAAUUCACGGUAGGGUAGAUUAGGACACGAUUUUAGUUCUUUGUCUACUACGUAUUUUUAGAUCUGUUGGCUGGAAAGGAGUCAAAGUUUCUAAUUGGAUUUGAAAACAAAGGACAAAAUGACAUGAUCCUUCAUAGUAUUGAGCCAUCACUUAGAGAUCCAUCUAACUUUUCUGUUAUUAUGGCUAAUUUAAGUUUAUCUUAUUGA